CAUAUCGAAAUUCGUGGGAUCCGCUCUCGUCAGAGAACGACGAGCCAUCUCCGCAAUGCCUGAUGCGAGUCAAAAAGGACAUCGCCGAAUUUAGAGCACGACCACCGUACGGGGUCUUCAUCUUUCCGCAGGAAGACAACCUGACCAAGAUCCACGCCCUGGUUGUCGGCCCAUCUGACACGCCGUACGAUGGCGGGCUCUUCUACUUCUUCUUGAAGUGCCCCUCGACUUAUCCCGUGGAACCGCCCAAGGUGCGCAUUAUGACGACGGACGCCGGACGGGUCGAGUUCAACCCGAACCUCUAUGCCAGUGGCAAGGUGUGCCUCAGCAUCCUCGGAACCUGGAUCGGACCGCCAUGGACCCCGGCGCAGACCAUCGAGAGCGUGCUCGUCUCCAUCCAGUCGCUGCUCAACGAAAACCCUUACACGAACGAGCCCGGCGCAGCGUUUUUCUCGCCGAUCAGCAAGAUUCUCGGCUACGAGAGCAACUACAACUCGUUCCUGCAGCACGAGACCAUGAGAGUGGCAGUGUGCGACACGGUCGAAGCGUGCCUCAACGCCACUUCGCCUUGUCCACCGGUUCUGAGGGAGCAAGUCCUCAAAACUUUCUCGGAGUCGUACGAGAAGUACGAAAAGAUGGUCACGGAACGGCUAAACUUGACCGGAACCCCACUGCGUGAUCGAUUUUUUAACAUCAAGGGAGUGUACCAGUACAAGACGCUAUUGGCGCGGCUCAAGGAUCUGAACGACAGAGUGAAGAAGCGGAACGAAGCUGCAACGCAAACGGAAAACGAAUAAUUCACUAUUCGGUGCGGCGGCCGGCACUAACGCGACGCACUGCGUGACGCACCGACGCGCGUCAUUGACUAAUUCGUGACGUACUGACGCUACGACGGCUGCGCAUGUGAGCCAUCCAUCAAGAAUGUGUCCUCUGCAUCUGUCCGCGUCAUGUCCUGUGGUGCAUCUGUGACACAACCGCAUUAUGACCAAUGAAAUCCUCCGUAUUGUUUUCUGAAGCAAAGAUUCUUGGCGAACGGUCACACCCUCCGGUCGCGUCUAGAGGCUGCUCAGCGCUACUGUCUCAAGCCGACUGGCCUCAUUGGUACCGUGUAGACAGAACUCACGAAAUUUCGGAAUAAGUACUCCAGAGGGAAAUGCGGCACUAGUG